CGAGUUCCCAGAGCACAGUCAAGUCGGAUUCCUUUGGGAAAGAUCUCUCUCUCUCUCUCUCUCUCUCUCUCUCUCUCUCUCUCUCUCUCUCAUAUAGCCUAUCACUUUUUGGAAUCCGGGGGAGCGAAGUAAGUAUUCACCGUCACGAGGGUCCACUUCUUCUUCUUCAUUUCACCUGGCUCAUUCAUUUUAUUUGUGCCGAAAAUAGAUAGAGACUGAAGAAGAAGUCGUCGUCGAUUUUGGAUAAUACCAUUUCCGCAAAGGUUCUUGUUGUGAUGGUAUUGUUUCUUGAAGUGACACUGGACUUUUGCACUCCCUCGGCUGCAGGGAGCUUGUCCACGUGUUUUGGAUGUUGACAGCUCGCUCCUUUUCGUUUUCUGUUUACACAGAGGAAGCGAUACACACCAGUGCAGAGAGAGAGAGAGAGAGAGAGAGAGAGAGAGAGAGAUCUGCACGCGCGCCCGUAGAUCUCUAGCUGGUUUUUUCUAUUUUUAUUUGUAUUUUUUUUUCUACGGAUCAACGAAGAAAGAACAGAGGACUAUAAGAUCGACAGGGGAAGCAAAAGUCCGCGUUAAUGUUUGGGAUUCAGGAGAGCAUCCAGAGGAGCGGGAGUAGUAUGAAGGAAGAGCCGAUCGGCGGGAUGAACGCGGUGCGCUCGUGGAUGCAGGGAGCCGGCCUGCUGGACGCCACCACCGCCGCGCAGAGUGGUGUAGGUCUGGCCCGAGCUCACUUUGAGAAGCAGCCUCCCUCAAAUCUGCGCAAAUCCAACUUCUUCCACUUUGUGUUGGCUCUGUAUGACAGACAGGGGCAGCCCGUGGAGAUUGAGCGCACGUCUUUCGUUGGAUUUGUGGAAAAAGAAAAGGAACCGACCGGUGAAAAAACAAACAAUGGGAUUCAUUACAAAUUGCAACUUCUCUACAGUAACGGGAUAAGGACAGAACAAGACUUCUAUGUACGAUUGAUUGACUCCAUGACAAAACAGCCUAUUAUCUAUGAAGGUCAAGACAAGAAUCCGGAGAUGUGCCGAGUGCUGUUGACACAUGAGAUCAUGUGCAGCCGCUGCUGUGACAAGAAGAGUUGCGGCAACCGUAACGAGACACCCUCUGAUCCUGUCAUCAUAGACAGAUUUUUCCUAAAGUUUUUCCUGAAGUGUAACCAGAACUGUCUAAAGAAUGCAGGGAACCCAAGAGACAUGCGACGCUUCCAGGUGGUAGUCUCUACGACAGUCAGCGUGGAUGGUCAUGUUCUGGCUGUGUCUGAUAACAUGUUUGUGCACAACAACUCUAAACAUGGGCGCAGGGCUCGCCGACUGGACCCCUCAGAGGGCACGCCCUCAUACUUGGAACAUGCCACACCCUGCAUUAAAGCCAUCAGUCCCAGUGAGGGCUGGACUACAGGAGGGGCUACUGUUAUCAUCAUCGGGGACAAUUUCUUUGAUGGGUUGCAGGUCAUAUUUGGCACCAUGCUGGUCUGGAGUGAGCUUAUCACACCUCAUGCCAUUCGGGUACAGACUCCCCCCAGGCACAUUCCCGGGGUGGUGGAAGUCACUCUGUCCUACAAGUCCAAACAGUUCUGUAAGGGGACACCAGGCAGAUUCAUUUACACAGCACUGAAUGAGCCCACCAUUGACUAUGGCUUCCAGCGGUUGCAGAAGGUCAUCCCCAGACAUCCAGGUGAUCCUGAACGCUUGCCAAAGGAAGUGAUUCUGAAAAGAGCAGCAGAUCUUGUCGAAGCCUUGUAUGGGAUGCCUCACAAUAAUCAGGAGAUCAUUCUGAAAAGGGCAGCUGACAUCGCUGAGGCACUCUACAAUGUACCACGCACCCACAACCAGCUCUCUGGUCUGGCAAACAGCUCUGUGCACACUGGCAUGAUGGGCGUCAACUCUUUCCAUGGCCAGCUUGCUGUCAACGUCUCUGAAUCCACACAGGGAGCCAAUCAGGGUUUCAGUCGGAACACAAGUAGUGUGUCUCCUCACGGCUAUGUGCCCAGCACUACACCCCAGCAAGGCAGCUACAGUACCGUGAGCACGAGUAUGAAUGGAUAUGGUAACAGCAGCAUGACCACGCUAGGAGGAUCCCCCAACUUCCUAAAUGGCUCAGCUGCCAAUUCUCCCUAUGCCAUCGUGCCCUCUAGUCCCACCAUGGCAUCCUCCACCAGCCUGCCCUCCAACUGCAGCAGCUCCUCAGGCAUAUUCUCCUUCUCACCGGCCAACAUGGUGUCUGCGGUUAAACAGAAGAGCGCCUUUGCCCCAGUGGUGCGUCCCCAAGCCUCACCACCUCCCACCUGCACCAGUGCCAAUGGCAACGGUCUCCAAGUAGAUCAGUCUUUUGUGGACUCUAGCAAGUAUUCCACAGCCAGCUCCCUGCAGGGACUGGCCUUCUCCUGAACGAUCACAGGGAUGAUCGUUCCUCCCAUGUAGUGGUUGCUGGGCUGCUGAUAAGACACGUUUAUUUAUCGGCUCAUGCUCAGAACUCCCUCAGCCUGGACCCUGAAGGUCUGACUGUCUCCAUAAGGACAAGGGAAGAAAAAAAAAGACAAACCCCAACUUUGAAAACUCAGGCCUUUUUACAAGGAAUUUGAAAUGAAGGGAAAAGGACGGGGUGUUGGUUUGAUUUUUUUCUAAAUUCAUUUUUAAACUCCAAGUCGUUUUGAAGUGAACAUUAUAAACAUUUUAUACAGACUGUACCAUACACAUAUGACACUAUGAAAGCAGUUUCAUCUGUAAUGUUCCUGUUGUAUAGCAGUGAGGGGAAAAUUGCAGUUCUGUUUAACAGGUGCAUUUAUGUUUGAUGUUUUUGAGAUAUUUAAGAAAUUUAUAAUACUGAAUAGCUGUGUAAACAGGUGUUUUCUGUACAAGCAAAAUGAAAAUGAACUCUUUCUCAUGGCAUUAGUCCAUGGCCAACAAAUGAAGUUUGCCAUCCAUGUUGCUUUUUGAUUUGUUUGUUAAGUUUUCCUGCCAUAUUGAGUAAUCUUUUGUAUUGGUUGUCCAGGUACAUGCUGAUUUGAUUAUCUGUCUUUAUGGACAGGAGAACACUUUAAAAGCAGUCAUGAGCUGAUUUUCAUUAGCCUUCUGGCCCACUGUGAAGAUCCCAGACCCACAUCCUGCUCGAGGAACAUAAUUUUUGAAAUGAAUCCAUAUUUAUAUUUGUACAAAAAUAAUUUGCUGCUCAUGAGUGCCAGAAUAUGUAGUACACACACACACACACACACACACACACACACACACACACACACACACACACACACACACACACACACACAAAGA